AUGAAGCGCUUCUCGUUCGCCUCACGACGGUGGUACUCGUCGGCAAGUAAGGAGCACAUCAAGCGGUUCGUGCACGACCAGCCUCGAGACGAGCUUUCGGUGGACAAGCCGGCCAAGGCGUCGCAGGUCGUCAACUCGGGCUUCUCUUCCGACGCCGAGACCGUCGUCGCUAUCAGCUGGCUUCCCACCUCAGCCGCACCUCUUCCUUAUUUGCCGCCGCACGCCGCACGACCGUGGCCGCGCAAGGACAUCUUUCUCGGCCUCAUCUGCGCGAUGUUCUGUUCUUCAUCGGCCGCCGUACAGCUUCCCUCGUACCUCGUCGCCAUCGGCAGCACGUCUUCGUUCGCCUCGAGCGCCUCGUCCUACCUCACGUCGUCCAGCCGAUUGCGGGAGCGCUCGCCGACGGGCGAAUGA